CCAGACUCAAAGACGAUUCGUUUGCGAUGGCGGGGUUGUGUCCGCGAAAAAAGAGUGCUAACAAGAAGCACGAUCCUAUCAGCUGCGACAUCGAGUUUGAUGGAGUAUUUGCACCGGGCGUUUGUGCGAAACUGGUGGCUGAACUGAUUAAACACGUUUUGUAUCAACGACAACAGUUUCCGAUGUCCUACGAGCAAGUUAAACAGCAUUUUCACAGGCAGCAGGAGAAGGAGGGUCCAUCAAAACAGAGAGGCCUGGGAGCUGUUCACCACAACAAAGUCAGACAAGGCAUAGAAACAGCAGAGGAGAUGUUCAAUAAUUUGGAAAAAAUAUUUUCUCAAAUGUCUCACAUACCCCAGGUUGUUUUAGUUCUAGGUGCCACACCCGUUAGUCCUAAAGAGACAUACACUUUCAACCUUCCCGCUGAGAACAGCACAGGAGAUACCCUAAGUCUCAAAACUGGUGUCAGGACCAUGUUUCGCAGGCUGGUGCAAAAGGAUUUUAUGUCAGACUUAAAACUGAUGUCACCCACCAGUGCCUUUGUGCUGAUUAAGGCUCCUAGAAAGUUGGAUGGAACUGUGGAGUGGUUUCAGCCAAAAUUGAACUUCAAACUUUCCACCAGAGGGCGACAGGUUGUGAUUAACUUGGUCAGUGCCUCCUGUGCAAUAGAAGAGGAGCUUAGUCGAGGAAGUGAAACAAGUUUUGAUUUAUCAGGCAUUGCCCCACUUGAUUCAUCUUCCACAGAGCAGCUGAAUACCUCAGCAUAUGAGAACUUCUCACCAGGACAGAAUGAUAGCGGCUUUGGAGGUGAAAACCGCUUUAGCAAAUCCAGCGAGUCUGACAUGACACCUAUGUUGACAGACAGGAUGGAGGGAGGAGGGGAUGAUGACUUUAUCUGGUAUCAGGCUCCUCUGGCUAUUAAAGGAUUCAAAGAUAAGAGCAGCAAGAUUGCCAAGAAUUCUGAAAUGUUAAUUUAAUAUCCUGAUGAUCAUAACUGGUUGUUGCAAUUUUUUCCCCACAUACUUAUUUGACGGGCAUUCUGCUUCAGGUUCUGCUUUAAGCACAAUAAAGGGCAAAAGACUAGUUUUUUUUUUUUUUUUUUUUUUUUU